CUGAUAGGGAACUCUUCCCGAUUAGCGACCGGGGAGGGUCGCUAAUAAGUCUAUGGGUUUCCCCAUAUUAAAAAUGGCAAAAAAUGCGACGCCUGAAAAGAUGAAAUACGAUCUCAAAAAGGAAACCUAUACGCAAAGUUUUCAAUCACUCGAACAGGAACGUUUAUCCAACACAUUUACGGAAGUAAAAACUGAUCACGUGAUGCACCGAAAGGCGAAAAGAAGGCGGAAACCCAAAUUUUGCGGGCUAUCUCGUAUGAUAUUCGAGACUAGUGACUACAAGUAUGCUUGCUAAAAAAUCAUGAAGAAGUUCAAGUUCAAGCCUGUUAAACUGAAACCAGACAGCCAUGCUAAUGCCUCUGGGCAAAAGACACUGUCAUUCAACAGUGGAAAUGCUCCAGCUUUGCUGACAACCGACGCCAGGCGCUCAUUGCCAGCAGCGUCCUCAGCUCUGGCUAAUGGCGCGGCCAAACGGACCUCACUGCCAUUCACCGCUCCCGCUCAGCUCUCCGGCGCGAUCAGACAGCCCGCACCCCCACCGGCACCUCCUGCCGCGUCCGGCGGCCCGGCCAGGAAGUCAUCUGCUGCUGCCAGGCCAGCAGCGUCCCCGCCCAGGCGGCCCUCCCUGCCUCAGGCCGUGGCGGCGCCCGUCCCCGCUCCACCGCGACCUCCGGCGGGUGGAGCGGGUGAUGAUGAAGACUUGGAUGAUUUUGACCUCAACAGCAGCUUUGUCUCGGCCGAGCCGACUCGCAGCGUUAGCCGGCGGCGUCGGCGUCGAACGGGAGUGCUGCCCAGCGACGGUGAGGACAGCGGAGACGACUGUAUGCUGAUCGGCAGCCAGGAGUUCACGGCAGCCGUCAUGGCCGACAAACAGCCCGUGCAGCCGCCGGCGAAGCCACAAACAUCGCCCGAGACCGGGCCCGGGGCGCAGACCGAAACCGUGGCGCAGCCACCAGAGGACAUCAUUGUGCCGUCACUGACGCCGCCACCAGUGGGGCUGCUGUCGGGCCUGGCCGCCGAGGACCCUCCGCCGCCGCCCCCGCCCCCGCCCCCGCUCGCGCCCGCCGAGGAGCCGCUGCCGCCCCCGCCACCUGACAUGGACGUCGACGAAGCAUUAGAGUGGAUGUCUUCACCUGAGCCGGCUAGGGACACAGCCGGGUGGCAGCACCCCAGUCCUCCUACGCCACAGCUGGAACCAGAAGACGAUGACGUGAUCGGCUCCUCGCAGCCCGCCGCCGAGCCGCUGAAUACCCCUGGCCCUGGCCCUGGUGGUGUCUGCACCGCGCCGGCUGCCGCCCGCCCGCCGGUCCGCGAUUCGCCGGCCGCGGAGCCGUCGUCGGCCGGACUCAGCCCUCCGCCGGCCCCGGAGACGCCGUCAUCAGUCAGUCCGCAGGCUAUGAAGCUGGCGGUCCGGCUGGCCGACAUGCUGGAGGCGCUGCCGGCCGUCUCGUUGGACGGUGUGCCGGGACUGGACAGCGCCAAAUGCCGGCGGCUGCUGGUGGCUUACCGGCGACUGACGGGCAGGCCCGCCGCGCCUGCCGCCGAUCCUUCCCCGGCCACAUCCAGUCCCGGUCAGCCCCCAGCGGCCAAGGCGACAUUCAAUACCGGCGUGUCAGCGACCAAGGGGAUAUUCGGCUCCGUGCCUUCGCAUGGUAGCUCGACGUUUAGCCCCGCAUACUUGGCUCCUAGUGCCACAUUCAGCCCCGCUUUCUCGGCUCCGAAUGGAGUCUCUAGUCCUGCCUACUCGGCAUCGAGCGGAGUCGCUAGUCCUGCCUACUCAGCGCCUAACGGGGUCGCUAGUCCUGCCUACUCGGCCUCCAGCUCGACGUUUUGUCCCGUCGCCCCAGCUCCGAGCACAAUCUUCAGCCCUGCCACAACAUCAACUCCCUCUACGUCAUAUACUCCCGCCUCCACAUAUUCCAAUGGAACAUUCAGUCCGGCUGCCCCCCGUCCCCUGGGGGUCCUGUCCCCGCUGGUUGGAGGCUCCCCCAGCGCGGCAGCGGCUGCCUUCGCCACGCCCCAGCCGGUGGGGGGAGCCGCGGAGCCUGCCAGCUAUGGCACCGCUAAAAAGGACGACAGCGGCUCUGCCGAGUUCAAGAAGACCUACCCGUUUAGCGAGCAGAUGACCAAGGUGUUCCGUGAGAUGUUUGGUCUGCGCAGUUUCCGCGUCAACCAGCGGGAGGUAAUCACGGCGGCCAUGCUCAAAUACGACACCUUCGUGUUGAUGCCUACUGGUGGCGGUAAGAGCCUGUGUUACCAGCUACCUGCUCUCCUGGACCGGGGUGUCACCGUGGUCAUAUCACCGCUCAAAUCGCUCAUCCGAGACCAGAUCAGCAAACUCAACUCGCUCGACAUCCCCGCCACGCACCUCUCCGGUCUCAGUUCGUCCGGCUCCACGGGACACAGCGUGUACAUGGAGCUGAGUCAGGCGCGGCCGGGCGUCAAGCUGCUCUACACCACGCCCGAGAUGGUGACCGCCAGCGGGAGGCUGCGGGACGCGCUCAGCUCGCUGUACAAGCGCGGACUGCUCAGCAGACUGGUGGUGGACGAGGCACACUGUGUGUCCCAGUGGGGACACGACUUCAGGCCGGACUACAAGCGUCUGAGUGAGCUGCGCCGUCUGUUUCCCGACACUCCUGUGAUGGCUCUGACGGCCACGGCCACACCGCGCGUCCGCAGUGAUAUCCUUCACCAGCUGGGACUCCGGCUGACCGGCGUCAAAUGGUUCGUAUCCAGCUUCAACCGUUCCAAUUUGAGGUACGAAGUGCUGGAAAAGAAGGGUGCCAAAGUGACCACCCAGGUGGCCGAAUUUAUCCGAGAGCGCCACCCGGGACAGACGGGCAUCGUGUACUGUCUGUCGAAGAAGGACUGCGAUCGGCUGGCUGCCUCGCUGCGCCAGGAGCGGAUAAAGGCGGCGGCCUACCACGCCGACCUGACCGACCCGCAGCGCGGCGAGGUGCAGGACCAGUGGCUGGCCGGCAAGGUGAAGGUCAUCUGUGCCACUAUCGCCUUCGGCAUGGGCGUCGACAAGCCGGACGUCAGGUUCGUUCUGCACCACGCACUGCCCAAGAGUCUGGAGGGCUUUUACCAGGAGUCUGGCCGUGCCGGCCGGGACGGUCUGAAAGCCGACUGCGUGCUCUACUACAACUACAGCGACGUCAUCCGCAUCCGGCGACUGCUGGCCAAGAGUCGCGAGAACGCCGAGGCGCACAAGACCCACGAGAAGAACCUGUGGGACAUGGUGCGGUACGCCGAGAACCUCACCGACUGCCGGCGCGCCCUGGUGCUGCACUACUUCGGCGAGCGGUUCGACCGCGCCGCGUGCCGCGCCUCACCGGCCACCGCCUGCGACAACUGCCGGCGACAGGGCGGCGCCGGGCAGCGCCAGGACGUGACGUCACUGGCCCGGGACGUGGUGGGUGCGCUGAGCGAGAUCCGCGCGCGCACCUACGGCGGCAACUUCACGCAGCAGCAGCUGGUCGACCUACUGAAGGGCAGCAGAAACAAGAAAAUACUGGACAACGGCCUGGACCGAAUCCCUCUGCACGGCGCUCUGAAGGACUGGGAGCGGGGCGACUGUGAGCGGCUGAUGCGCCACCUCCUGCUGGAGCGGUACCUCGAGGAGGAAAUGGUGGCCGGAAGGGAGGACAUCGUGAACGCCUACCUGCGCCUGGGACCGCGGGCCGCCGAGCUGACCGGGCCGGCGGCUGGAGCGGACAGAAAGGUGUGGUUCUCGCGGUCGCGGAAGCAGACCGCGUCCACCGGCGGCGGUCGGGCUGACUCGGAGGGCGGCCCCGGCUCCGGCGACCCGGAACGGCGCGCCGCCGUGCGGGAGCUGUGUCUGCAGCAGCUGACGGAGGUGUGCCAGCAGCUGGCGCGCGCCGCCGGAGUACCACCGUCCACCAUCAUCAACGUGCAGGCACUACACGAGAUGGCCGACCGGCUGCCCACCUCGCGCCAGGAGAUGCUGCAGAUCACGCACGUCACAGAGGCCAACUUCGCCAAACACGGUGCUCGUCUUCUGGAGGCCAUCCGGCCGUACGCAGAGGAAGUGGCUGCUAUGGACCGGGAGGAGGCGGCGGCGGCCGCGGCAAAGGCCGGCACCAGAGCGGCGCCGGCGGCGGCGGCAGCCGGGAAGAAGGCGUCGACGGCGGGUAAAGCAGCGCCCCGCCGACGGCGUCGUGGAGCGGUCGGUGGCGGCGGCACCCCGCCCGCGAAGAAGGCCAAGACGGGCCAGUCGUGGGCGGCGGCGGCGGCGCGGAAUAAAGCAGUGGCUGUGAGCCGCGGACGGGGACGGGGCGCGCCGGCCGGCCGACCGGCGACCUCCACUCUGGGACUGAUGGCGCCCCCACAGCCCAGGUCGUUCCUCGGCGCGCCGCGGAUGUCACUGCUCUGAGCUUCGGCUGUCAUAGUGUCAAUGUGUCGGGGUGAUUCCGUGCCCAGCGUGACCCCGGCACGCUGAUCGUUGUUGGAAGGUUGUGAACCAUUUUAUAUACCGCAUGUGUUAUGACGUACGCUGACUCGCCUGUUGUUGAGAUGACAAUUAUGUGAUUGUGAUAUUUGCAUUGGUUUUUCACUGCCAGUGACAGUCUUAGGCCAGUGAGGAGAAAUAAAUAUUUCGCUUUUACCUUA